AUCGGCCAAGUUUUGUCAGCUGCCAUGACUUUGUCUAAAUAUCUUUAGUCUUUGACAACGUUGAAAGGCAACAGGUGAAUCUCGUGAUUUAAGUUCAAUACUUAAACUCUUACCAUUUUUUUCCAGCACAUUCACAACUUCAGAAGGCAGAAUUUCUUUGAUGACAGUUCCAUUUUUCAUCUGCCAGUAGGAAUUAGUUCAGUUUGAUGGUAAUGCAACGUGAGGAGGUGUCUUUACUCGCAUUGACACCCCCCUGUGAUGGGCAAUUAAAUGCUUCGGUGGCAAUAAUAAAUGUCGCUUUAUUGCCACAUUUAUGCGAUGCACACGCGGCGACACUAACAAGGCAAAGAAAUAUCAAAAACAAAGGCCACGCGAGAAAUUCACAUGUUUAUUUUUUCUAGAUGAAUGGCCGAGUAUAUUGUAACAACUUGCAGUUGGAAUGCUAUUGGCACGAGCGCAGCUAGUUGACUGAGUAAACAAACAGUUGGCAGCAAGUAAACAAAUGGCACAGAGCAACAGGUGAUUUCCGUCCAGCAUCCUCCAGGCGCAUGUGCGGAAAUUGCGCGAGAAUAGGCCGAAAAAUAGCUAUCUGAAAUUCAAAAAGCAAGCUCUAGCUAGGUGCGUUUUCUUAAAACAAAAAUAAUCUAAUUGAAUACUUUAAAACAAAUAACGAAAUAUAUAAUAUCCUUUCAAAUUUAAACUUAAAAUUUAUAUACCGUUAGAGCUCUGCCAUAUUGUCAAAAAGGAUAAACGAUUGGCAGCCUCACACCAUCAGUUGCUCCAUCUAGCGUGCUUAAGGUGAACUGCAGCGCAUAAUCCGGUAGAUGACGCCAGCGAAAAUUCAAAUAUUAUCGUGGCCUAUAUUUAUAGCUAAAUAAAUAAUAUUUUAGCACCUAGAAUCCUUAGUGUUUAUAUGAGAAUCAAUUCACCCGAGAAAUACCUAUCACCGCAUGUUUCAUAGAUCGAUUUCAGCUCUCACUCAAAAGUUGCCUGGUGUCUGAAUUCCUAUUAGUAAUAGCUCGAAAAUAAUAAUAAGCCAAAAUGUCGAUGAUAUUCAAUACGGAGUACGGCUACCUGGAGGCCCUAACGCGUGGAUUCAAGAACGGCAUGCUGAAGCACUCGGACUAUUUAAAUCUGACCCAGUGCGAAUCGCUUGAGGACGUGAUGAUCAGCAUCCAGGGCACGGAUUACGGUCUCAUCUUCGGCGGCGAACAAUCAGCGCCGUCCGUUGAGAGGAUCGAGAGGUGCCUUAGGGACCGUCUGAUGCAGCAGUACUACUACAUACGCAGUCAUUCGACGGAGCCGCUGACCACCUUCAUGGAGUUUAUACGAUAUCCGUUCAUGAUCGACAACGUGGCGCUUCUGGUCGCUGGCCUGAAUAACCAUCGAUCCAUGAAGCGUCUGCUAAGAAUGUGUCAUCCGCUGGGCGAGUUCGAUCAACUUGGCGCCAUCGAAGUGGCCUCGAACUCCGCGGAGCUCUUCGACGCCGUCCUAAUUGACACGCCCAUUGCGCGUUUUGUGCCACGCGAUUUGCCCAUGGAGUCACUCCGUUACCUCGACGUGGAGAUUGUGCGAGCCCAUCUGUACCGUGCUUAUCUGGAGAAAUUCUACGCCUAUUGCAGCCAACUGGGCGGCAACACCGCCAACGUGAUGACCAAUCUGUUGUCCUUCGAGGCGGAUCGUCGGACCAUCACAAUAGCCGUGAACGCUAUUGGUAGUGAUAUCAGUCCGAAGGAUCGUCUAAAGAUGUUCCCCACCUGUGGCUACCUGCCCAAGAUAGCCUUGGCCUCCAUGUCCAAUUUGAAUGAAACUGAUAAAAUAAGGGAUGUGUGCAAUGUGUUCGAUGGCUAUGGCAAAAUGUUCGACAACUUGGAGCGCGACUCGGACGGCAUGAUUACGCUGGAGGACCGCUUUCUCAUGAUGGAGGCCAAGAAGAAUGUGCAGACCUUCCUGCAGCAGUACCACUUCGGGAUCUUCUACUCGUUCAUCAAGCUUAAACAGUUGGAGGUCCGCAAUAUCGUCUGGAUCAGCGAGUGCAUAGCGCAGCGACAGACAGACAGAAUCAACGCCUUCAUUCCCAUACCCUUGGACUAAAAACGAAUUUACUUUUCUUCUUCUCUGUGAAAUCUUAUAAAUAAAACACAAUUUCGCAUUAA